AUGGAUGAAGCAUUGAUAGCCACCAUCAACAAGCUACAGGAUGCGCUGGCUCCUUUAGGCGGAGGAUCACAGUCGCCUAUCGACUUGCCUCAGAUCACUGUCGUGGGGUCUCAGUCGUCUGGAAAGUCAUCGGUUUUAGAAAAUAUUGUUGGUCGCGACUUUCUCCCUCGUGGUACUGGUAUAGUUACUAGAAGACCUCUUGUGCUGCAAUUAAUCAACAGAAGGUCUAAAAAACCCAGCAACGAUUUGCUGGAAUUGCGGCAUGAUGAUGACUCCAAGGACGGACAGGAAGAGGAUAACGUAGAUGAGUGGGGUGAGUUUUUGCAUCUUCCAGGCAAAAAGUUCCAUAACUUCGAUGAGAUCAGACAGGAAAUCGUAUCAGAGACAGACAAAACCACUGGCAAAAACGCUGGUAUCUCUUCAGUUCCUAUCAACAUGAGAAUUUAUUCGCCUCACGUUUUGACAUUGACCCUGGUUGACUUGCCUGGUCUAACGAAGGUGCCAGUUGGCGACCAACCUGCGGAUAUUGAAAAACAGAUCAAGGACAUGCUUUUGAAGUAUAUUUCAAAACCAAAUGCAAUUAUUUUGUCCGUUAAUGCUGCUAAUACGGAUUUGGCUAAUAGCGAUGGGUUGAAAUUAGCUAGAGAAGUUGAUCCAGAGGGCACCAGGACUAUCGGUGUACUAACUAAGGUUGAUCUGAUGGACCAAGGAACAGAUGUCAUUGACAUCCUGGCCGGUAGAGUGAUUCCUUUGAGAUAUGGCUACAUUCCGGUCAUCAAUCGUGGUCAGAGAGAUAUAGAGGGCAGGAAAACGAUCAGAUCGGCGCUAGAUGACGAGAGAAGGUUUUUCGAAAAUCACUCAUCGUACAGCUCUAAAGCACACUAUUGCGGUACCCCGUAUCUAGCCAAGAAACUGAAUUCCAUUUUACUUCAUCAUAUCAGGCAGACACUGCCUGAUAUCAAAAACAAGAUCGAAAUGACGCUAAAAAAAUACCAAACUGAACUCUUGAAUCUGGGACCUGAAACAAUGGACUCUCCCAACUCAAUUGUGUUAAGUAUGAUUACUGAUUUUACAAAAGAGUACAAUGGAAUACUAGAUGGGGAGGCGAAGGAGCUGUCUAGUCAGGAGCUUUCUGGUGGGGCGCGGAUCUCGUUUGUUUUCCACGAGAUCUACAAAAACGGGGUGAGAGCUUUAGACCCUUUCGAUCAAAUUAAGGACUCUGACAUAAGAACCAUAAUGUACAACAGUUCGGGUUCUGCGCCAUCACUGUUUGUUGGAACUGAAGCCUUCGAAGUUUUAGUCAAGCAGCAAAUCAAUCGCUUCGAAGAGCCUAGUUUGCGCCUCGUGAGUUUAGUUUUUGACGAACUAGUGCGCAUUUUGAAGCAAAUCAUAUCUCAACCGAAAUACGGUAGGUACCCUGGUUUGAGAGAGGCUAUGUCGAACUAUUUCGUUCAAUUUUUAAAGGAGUCUAUUAUCCCCACGAAUACAUUCGUGUCAGAUAUCAUCAGGGCAGAAGAAACUUACAUUAAUACUGCUCAUCCAGACUUAUUGAAAGGUUCUCAGGCUAUGGCGAUGAUCGAGGAGAAGCUUCAUCCAAGGCAGGUUGCUGUAGAUCCGAAAACCGGGAAGGCCUUACCUAAUCAGCCACCUCAACAGUCUGCUCAAACGGAGGAUAAAUCUGGGUUUUUUGGUGGUUUUUUUUCCUCCAAAAAUAAGAAAAAGCUGGUUGCUUUGGAGUCACCUCCUCCGGUACUGAAGGCCACUGGACAGAUGACUGAGCGUGAGACUAUGGAGACAGAAGUCAUCAAACUACUGAUUGAAAGUUACUUCAAUAUAGUCAAGCGAACUAUUGCAGACGUUAUUCCUAAAGCGGUCAUGUUGAAGCUGAUAGUAAAAAGUAAAAACGACAUUCAAAAAAUUCUUUUGGAAAAGUUGUAUGGAAACCAAGACAUUGCGGAGUUAACGAAGGAAAAUGACAUUACUAUUCAGCGUAGAAAAGAAUGCCAGAAAAUGACUGAAAUUUUAAGGAAUGCUAACGAAAUUGUUUCCUCUGUGUAG